AUGGCAGAAGCACCUGAGGAAAGCUUUUCGCUGGACGAAUUUGAAACGAGUGUCAUUGAAAAUGUGGCUGCAGUGCCUAACGUAGACAAUAUUACCACAUGUUCCUGUCGUGGGUACUGUCUUCGUGACAAAGGUCGAAAUUUUUGUCCUUGCAAAAGCAUAAACAGCUUUUGUUCGAGCUCGUGCCAUGGAGAAGAUUAUGGAUGUUGUAUGAACAACAGAAGAACCCAAGAGAACGACAGUGAUGAGACAGUAAGAUUAUACUAAAUGUUUUUGUAUUACAAAAAUGUAUGUUUUCAGAUUAUGAACUGGAAGUAUGUAAUCUAUUGAUGUUACUCUCAUAUAUUGUUACUAAAAUAUUUUUUAUGCAGUGUAAGAAUAACCUUAUUCACUUUACUGUUUUAGGAUUCUGAUUUCUCCAUGGAAGAAAGUGAAAGUGAGGAAGAGGGCGAGUUGGAAGACAGUGAAGAGGAGGGGAGAGGACGUGGCAGAGGACGAGCUAGAGGUCGUACUAGGGGGAGAGGUAGAGCAAGAGGACAACAAAGAGGUGGUAGAGGAGGACGUGGAAGAGGGGGUCGUGGUCAUGGAAGAGGUCGUGGGAGAGGAGGUCGUGGAAGAGGGCGUUUGGAUGAAGAGCCAAAUGCUGCUGAAAAUCAAGCUAACCAUGAACAACAGUUGGUGGUAAGAAAACACUUUGUCAGCCAUUUAAUUGAUUAAUUUAUAUAUUUGUGGGUGGAGGUUAUGCUAAGAGGGGGUGCAAUAAUGUGAAAUAUCACAUCAAUCUGAAACAUCAAUAUCAAACCCAUAAUGAAAGCCUGGGUAAACUUGAGGUUGCCAUUGCAUGGAGGUAGGGGGUGGUAAUAUAGUGUAAGUAUCCCAAAAAGGCAUCAUAUAUUAUGCUGUUGUGCUACAUCGAUAUAGUCGAUAAAUAUAUUUUGUGAACACCCCUUUUACUCACCAUACCAUGUAAUCUAUUUACAAAUAAGUACCUCUACGUUUCAGAACCUAGUAGAAGCAAUGGACAUUCAAGCACUCAGACAAUUUGCUUUAGAGUUGCUAAGAAGACAGCCAGCAGCAUUUGCUGACAUGGUCAAUGGUGAAUUGGCUGGUGGGGAUCAACCACAACAACCAGACCCAGAACCAGGCAAUGAUCCCCCUGAGUGGUGCAAUUGUGGACAUUGCAUUGCUAUGCCAACUCAGGAUGAAAACAAAUGCUGCAGUACAAGAGCUAGACGUCCGUGCAUUUCCAGAACCAAUAUUUUUAGACAGCUGGUCCUCGAUGGCAAUGUUCUGGAGAUUGCAAUGCGAUACAGGGAGGAUGUUCUGGUUCUGAACAAUGUAAGGAACAAUGAGAAUUUUCGCCAUGCAGCAUAUAGACAAUAUGUUCUAUGGCAGCAUGGAAGGCUAGGAAGGGGAAACAGGAGGGUUGUUCCAAGCUGCUGUGUUGUUGCAAUACGUACUCGUUAUCCUUCACCCAAUGGUGUUUACACAGGAUAUAGGCCUGCACGCUUGUAAAUAUAUAACCAUUAAUCUGCAGUAAACCCUAUUUUAUGUUAUACUGUACUUUGUAUUCAGCGGACUACUUAACUUUCCUGCAUUAG